UUAAAAAUGGUUGUUACAUAAAUUUCUGAUACAUACAUUUGGCAAUGUCAAAAUUAUAAUGUUGCUAUUUAAAUUACUCCGUGCAAUAAGAAGCUCAGCUGCUAUUUUAAGUGUAGUGUAAUUAACCAUAUUUAUCGUUAAAUGUUAAAUAUGUAAAGUGUAUUUAAUGAAGAUACAUAUAAAUUUAUAUCAAUAAUGUCUAUGGGCAGUCGCCUACCAGGUUGUUAUUGCAGACCUCCAGUAGUAGGUUUUGAAGUGGCAUUUCGAUAUCCAUCAAUUAAUAGCAAAAGAAUAACGAUUGGUAAAAAAAACAGACAUAGAAGCCCAGCCGACUUGUAUUACAAAGGAUUGGCUUCAUUAAAUAAGGAACACAGCUUAAAUAAUGGCAAUCAACGGUUAAAUCACUCACGAGAAGAUCAUACACAAAAUUCUAACUAUCAACGUAAACCUCACUCACCGAAAGAACCUCCACCUAACCUUACGAACCAAAAAGAACCUGACAAUUCUAUAUACUGUACCAUUCCUAUAAGACCAAGCAUAGUAACUAUAAGGAAUAAUAUGUCGUCUUCAGAACAAAAACAUAUCAAUACACGAAAUAAUGAAAAUUCUGAUUCUGGACAUAAAAUUGCAAGGUCAGAUGUUGAACCGCGUAGUGCAAAUGCCAACUAUAACUUCUUUGAAAAUAAAGACAAUUCUCAAGAAUAUGCAUCGUUGCGCAUGGCUCUUUCAAUAACAGUUCCAAAUUCUCAAAAUGAUUCUUCAUCUUUUGCAAGAGAGAGAUUAACGGGUAUAGUAUUUAAUCAAAAAUCAUCCAAAGAAAUAAGUACGGUACCUAGUGAUGACUCUAAAUAUAAAGAUAACACCAAAUGUAAAAGUAACUCUGAUAAUACAGAUAAUAGUCAUCAUAGUGAUGUUCAUAGUCAUCAAAGUGAUCAUAGCCACCAUAGUCAUCGCAGUCAUUGUAGUGAUCAUAGUCAUCGUAGUGAUAAUCAUAGUCAUCAAAGUGAUCAUAGUCAUCAAAGUGAUCAUAGUCACCAUAGUUAUCGCAGUCAUCAUAGUGAUCAUAGCAAACGUAAUACCAAUGAGGUUAGUUGUAGUCGAAAUGGUUGUGUUUGUCCUAAAGAAGAACAACGAAGGAAUUUUGGGAUGAGGGGUGAACAAACACCAGGUAGAAGUAGAAAACAAACAAAAUGUACACAUUCCAAGGACAGUUAUAGUCGAAGUAUAUCACGUAACAUUGAAAAUAGAAAGUACAGUGAUUUUAAUUAUGCACCAUGUAAUGGGGAAGUACGUACAGAAAACGAAGAAUCAAUAAAUAAAAAUGAAAAAAAGCAGAUGGGGCGCAACACUUCUGAAGUUGAAAAACAAAAAACUGAAAACACGAAAAAAGCUUCAAAUCAACAUAGAGAAAUAAAUGGUGACAAGUUUUUGGAAAUUGAUAGAACUCAACACGGUGUGCACAAAGAAAAUAGCGGAUCAAUAAAAGAUAAAUCCAGUAGUAAAAGUAUAACAACUGCAACUUACUUGGAUGUGAGUCAAGCGCAACCCUGUCUAAGUAGUCAACAAAGCAAGUCAUAUACCAGUGGUAGUAGUGGUAGUAGUAUAACAGCAAGAACCUAUUUGGAUAUUGACCCAGCUCCGCCGAAAAAAGAAAAAAAAGAAGAAAAAAGUCCAACUCACUUAAAUUUCUUUGAAAGAGAUUCUGAAGUUACAAUAAAGAGUCGUUCUCAAACUGAGUCAAUAUAUUUUUUCCCUGAAAAGGAACCAUGUCGAAAUAAAGCUGGAGCUGUGCCCAAUUCAGUCAGUAAAAGAAGCAAUGUCAACUGCAUUGAAAAAGAGAGAGAUCGAUAUAAUUCUGCUCAUUCAUCACAACCUAAACGGAAUUCAUCGCCUACUGGACGUCAGGUAAAACAGCCAUCUUUUAAUUUUUUUCUAAACAAUAAAGACUAUAAUACAACAGACAUGAGCUCAGAGAAAAGCAACUGCGUAACUGGAAAUAGUAUUUUGCAGAAAAGUGAUAAAAAACAGGGUUUACAAAAAGAUAAACUAGCUAAAAGCAAUUCGAGCAUUUCAUUCGAUUUAGAAAGAAAACAUCCUAGAAAAAUUUCAAAUACAAAAUUGAUUGAAAGUAGAAAUCGUCGUCCGAUGAACUGCCGUGCGAGGCAUAAUCAAACUAAACGUAAUAAAAACCACGAAGUUGGUAUUUCUCAGCAUAAACCUGGCACUAGAAAUACUGAAAAAUACUUCCCUACUAGCAAUAUUAAACCGCAUCCCUGCGAGUGUAAAAAUUGCAAGCAAUUUCUCAAAUUGAAAAACAAUGGUGGCCACCAAAACAUGGACGAGAGGAAAAAUUUACUAAAAUCAACAAAAACCGGAUCAGAAACAAAAAUAAGUCAGUGUGAACCAAAGCAGGAAAACAAAUACUUGUUAAAAAAUAAAAAUGCUCUUAGAAGUAAAGAUAACACUCAUAAGGAAUUAAAGGUCAGUGAAUAUGAUUCAGAUUUUUCUACAAACCACAGGGCACAGUAUUAUUAUAAUGAAGAUGAGCAUAGGCGAAAAGUUCAAGAUACUUCCAGUGAUUAUUCACCUUUUUCUUCAAGCAGUUCCUGUAUUGUAUCACCAUGGAGUAAAAUCCGUACAAGAAAAAAACCACGCAAGCGAUCCGUUUCAAAGAAAGAAAAACGAAAGAGAGAAAAAACAGUUUGCUGUACCUUCCGCAAUCCCAAUUAUGCAUCAUCUGAUGACGAAGCAGAUUCCUUAUACCUUGCAAACAGAUCAAUAAAAGCUAGGGGCAAAGGAUGUGAAAAAUCUCACAGUGAUUAUAUUGCAAAUAAACGCACAUACGAAGCUAAUAAAUUUUCGAAUGAAGAAAUAUCGGAAGUAAAGACACGGACAUCAGCCACAUCAAAUUUAAAAUCUCGCAGAGAUGAGAGUACGCAAACAUCAACAAAGGAAUCGAAAAAAACAAAAAUAUAUACGUGUUGUUAUAAACACCCUAAAAAUAAUGAAGAAGACAGUUUCUAUAAGCCUACAAAGACAAAAUCAUUUGAUAAUAAAGAGAAAUAUGAGAGCAGCAAAACACGAGAACCAAACGCAUCAAUAAGGUCUUUGGACAAAAAAGAAAUAUAUGACAGUAAGACACAAAAAUCGAGACCUGAGUCUCAUGAGAAUAGAAGUCAUCACAAACCAACAGAUGAACCCGAAGAUGAAAAGGAGAAACAUAAGAGUAAACUGCAACAAACAAAUGCACCCAGCGUCUAUGAACAGGAACCGCAACCGCAAAAAACUUCAACUUGCUGUUCCAGGCCCUCAAAGUCAAAGUCAUCUAAUGAUGAAGAGAUACAUGGAAAUAAGACACAAAAGUCGGAAAAACCAUUUAGUUCUUGUUGUAAAAAAUCCAAACCUGACGAAGAGGAAAGUUAUUAUAAACCUUCAGAGGAACCAAAACAGACAAAAAGCACAAAAUCAAAGUCAUCUGAUGAUGAAGAGAUACAUGAAAGUAAGACACAGAAGUCGAAAAAAUCAUGUAGUUCUUGUUUCAAAAAAUCAACACCUGACGAGGAUGAAAGUUAUUAUAAAUCUUCAGAGGAACCAAAACAGACAAAAAUCACGAAAUCAAAGUCAUCUGAUGAUGAAGAGAUACAUGAAGGUAAGACACACAAAUCGAAAAAACCAUGUAGUUCCUGUUUCAAAAACUCCAAACCUGAUGAGGACGAAAGUUACUAUAAACCUGCAGAUGAAACAAAACAAAGAAAAACUUCCGCUUGCUGUUCUAGGCCCUCAAAGUCAAAGCCAUCUGAUGAUGAAGAGAUAUAUGAAAGUAAGACACAGAAGUCGGAAAAAUCAUGUAGUUCUUGUUUCAAAAAAUCCAAACCUAAUGAGGAUGAAAGUUAUUAUAAACCUUCAGAGGAACCGAAACAGCCAAAUGUCAGCAAAUCAAAGUCAUCUGACAAUGAAGAGAAAUAUGAAAGUAAGACACAAAAGUCGGAAAAACCAUGUAGUUCUUGUUGUAAAAAAUCCAAACUUGAUGAGGAUGACAGUUAUUACAAACCUGCAGAUGAAACAAAACAAACAAAAAUGUCCACUUGCUGUUCUAGUCCUGCGAAGUCCAAGUCAUCUGAUGGUGAAGAGAUAUAUGAAGAUAAGUCACAGAAAUCGGAAAAAACAUGUAGUUCUUGCUGUAAAAAAUCUAAACCUGAUGAGAAUGAAAGUUAUUAUAAACCUUCAGAGGAACUAAAACAACCAAACGUUACGAAAUCAAAGUCACCUGAUGAUGAAGAGAUACAUAAAAAUAAAACACAGAAAUCGGAAGAACCAUGUAGUUCUUGUUGUAAAAAAUCCAAACCUGACGAGGAUGAAAGUUAUUAUAAACCUGCAGAUGAAACAAAACAAACAAAAAUUUCCUCUUGCUGUUCUAGACCUACCAAGUCAAAGUCAUCUGAUGGCGAAGAGAUAUAUGGAAGUAAGACACAGAAGUCGGAAGAACCAUAUUGUUCUUGUUGUAAAAAAUCCAAACCAAAUGAGGAUGAAAGUUAUUAUAAACCUUCAGAGGAACCGAAACAGACAAAAAUCACAAAAUCAAAAACACCUGAUGAAGAGAAAUAUGAAAGUAAGGCACGGAAGUCGGAAGAACCAUGUAGUUCUUGCUGUAAAAAAUCCAAACCUGAUGAGGAUGAAAGUUAUUAUAAACCUGCAGAUGAAACAAAACAAGCAAAAAUUUCCUCUUGCUGUUCUAGACCUACCAAGUCAAAGUCAUCUGAUGGCGAAGAGAUAUAUGGAAGUAAGACACAGAAGUCGGAAGAACCAUGCAGUUCUUGUUGUAAAAAAUCUAAACCUGAUGAGGAUGAAAGUUACUAUAAACCUGCAGAUGAAACAAAACAAGCAAAAAUUUCCUCUUGCUGUUCUAGACCUACCAAGUCAAAGUCAUCUGAUGGUGAAGAGAUAUAUGAAGAUAAGACACAGAAAUCGGAAAAAACAUGUUGUUCUUGUUGUAAAAAAUCCAAACCUGAUGAGGAUGAAACUCACUAUAAACCUUCAGGGGAACCAAAACAGACAAAAAUCACAAAAUCAAAAACACCUGAUAAUGAAGAGAUGUAUGAAAACAAGACACAGAAGUCGGAAGAACCAUGUUGUUCUUGUUGUAAAAAAUCUAAACCUGAUGCGGAUGAAAGUUAUUACAAACCUGCAGAAGAAGCAGAACAAGCAAAAAUUUCCUCUUGCUGUUCUAGACCUACCAAGUCAAAGUCAUCUGAUGGUGAAGAGAUAUCUGAAGAUAAGACACAGAAAUCGGAAAAAACAUGUUGUUCUUGUUGUAAAAAAUCCAAACCUGAUGAGAAUGAAAGUUACUAUAAACCUUCAGGGGAACCAAAACAGGCAAAAAUCACAAAAUCAAAAACACCUGAUAAUGAAGAGAUAUAUGAAAACAAGACACAGAAGUCGGAAGAACCAUGUUGUUCUUGUUGUAAAAAAUCUAAACCUGAUGCGGAUGAAAGUUAUUACAAACCUGCAGAAGAAGCAGAACAAACAAGAAAUUCCAUUUGCUGUUCUAGGCCAUCGAAGUCAAAGUCAUCUGAUGAUGAUGAGAUAUAUGGAAGUAAGACACAGAAGUCGGAAGAACCAUGUUGUUCUUGUUGUAAAAAAUCUAAACCUGAUGCGGAUGAAAGUUAUUACAAACCUGCAGAAGAAGCAGAACAAACUAGAAAUUCCAUUUGCUGUUCUAGGCCAUCGAAGUCAAAGUCAUCUGAUGAUGAUGAGAUAUAUGGAAGUAAGACACAGAAGUCGGAAGAACCAUGUAGUUCUUGUUGUACAAAAUCUAAACCUGAUGACGAUGAAAGUUAUUACAAACCUGCAGAAGAAACACAACAAAUAAAAAAUUCGAUAUGCAGUUAUAGAACAUCAAAAUCAGCUGAGAGUGUAGAGUUAUAUGAAGAUAGAACACAGAAAUCGGGAAAAGCAUAUAGUACUUCUUGUAGAAUGUACAUAUCUAGUGAAGAGGAAAUAUUCUAUAAAAGGGAACCUCAACAACCAACAAAAUAUAGGCCGUCGGAGUUUUCUAAUAAUGAAGACUACUAUAAAGGUAAGACACAAAAAUGUCAUGAACAGUGUAGCUGUUGCUGCAUACAACACCAAAUGGAUAGAAAACAAGAUUCAAUACCUAAUGAAGAUAUACUUGCACCCACGACAAAACGACAAAGAAGGUCAACACCUGAAUCCGAAAAAUACUUAACUACAUCGAGAAGAAAUUCAAAAGGAAAGCCUGCAUACUCAUAUUUUGCUGGGGAGUCACCUCAGGAAGAACGUUACAGUAAUGCAGGCGAAACAUGUAAUUCCCAGCCAAGGAUAAAAAAAUUUUAUUACUUUGAUAAUAAGAAACCAAUAUCAUCUGCUACAGAAUACAGAGCUGAGCCAGCAGUACCGAAAAAAUGUGAUUGCAAGGACAAAAUAUUAGCUAGGUCACAACAAGAAAAAUUAAAAAGGAAAAGCCAAACGUAUUCUAUUGAAAGGAGUCCAAUACGUUCAAAGAAAAAAAUGAAACCACAAGCGGCACCAUUGCAAGAAACUGCAGCAAAAGAUGAUCCUUAUGCAGGCUAUAAAAUGAUGGAAUAUAACACAAAUCUUACAAAAAGGGAACGCAGUCGUUGUUUGAUUAUUGAUAACAAAAAAUAUCCGCCAGAUAGAAAUGUUUUAAUUAUGCUUAGCUCACAAAAGCUUAAUAAAUUUCAAAAAAGCUUUGAUAACUCUGAUUAUUGUUUGGUACAAGAACUGUCUUGUUAUUCUGAAGAUGAAUCUUGUGAAAAAGAAAUUCGUUCUACUAAUUACGAUUCAAGUGAAAUAGGUACAACUAAUAUGCUAGGUAGGAGCCGAGGAGGUGGUAAUGAUCCUAGUUGCAGUUCAAAUAAUUCCCCUCAUUUAUCCAAACACAAAAUAUUAUGCUGCUCGAUUGACUCUACAAAUGCUGUUGAAGAAAAUAAAAGAGUUAAUAACAAAUCACAUUGUAACUGCAAUUCAGUUAGUUUCUCUGAAUUACGCUCCCCUACGAAUCAAUCAAACCACAGAACCUAUGAUAAGAAUUCAAGUGGAAACACCUACGCACCCGUUGAAGAAGAACAGGAUUUAUGUGACCUAUGCGAAAGCGACUCUUCCUUAUUGAUUCCAUUUUAUUCAGAAAAAAGAGUUGACAGAAAAUCAUCGCUGAAAACAGUUUCGCAAUCAAAUAGCCAAAAUAGCCAAUCAAAAACCGAACCCUAUCCAUGUUAUAAAGAUGCAAAAAGCAGAUCAUCGGUUAGAAAUGUUCCACGGUCACAUAGUACACAGAAAGUAAAAACUACGUCGCAAUGUCAAUGUUCACGAGACACAAAGAAAAGAAAAGUACCUGUAACACAAUCAGUUAUAUCUAAAGUAAAUUACAAGGACUCCGAUGAAGCGUGCAAUAUGGAUUGUGAUAGUAAAUCAUCAUUAUUAUUGCCGUUAUAUACAGAAAAAGAAAAGGGCAAAAUAAAUAACAAUAAACCAAAUUCUAAAUUGUUUGAAAAAAAAAAGUCUUGUCAAUGCAAAAAAAAUAUGACAAAUGCUGCAUCACUGCAAAACUUUAAAAGGUCGUCAAGAACUUCCUUGCACAACAAACAGUCUGAAAACGAGUCAAGAAGUAACUUUAAAAGCACAGUCCCUUCCCAAAUAGAUAAGCCCACAUGUCGGUAUCCAACAAAAUUUAAAUCUGUGUAUUUAGAUGAGGGAAAAUGCGUAAUGGAUAAAUAUUCGUUACACAUGUCCGAUUCAAAUAAAAAUCUAACAUCUAGAGAAAAAAUGGGAAAGGAAAUAAAAACACCUAAUACCCACAAUCGAAACAGUGAAAAAUUUUCUCAACAGAAAUCAAUUUCCAAAUUAAGGACCCCAUUUGGUAAAUCUAAUAGAUCUUCUAAAAGUGCAAAACCGAUUAACUACGAUAGCAAGGGAAAAAAGCAAGAGAAACCAUUGGCAUAUAGAGAAGUGUAUACAAGCGGAGUACCAAUUGAGGAUAGACAUAAUACGACUGUAGAUAAUUCAACAUGUAAAUGCAAUAAAAAGCAUCAACAGCAUUUUAAAGUAAUCGAAAAGAGUGCUAGCGUUGAAGAUUAUUCGAGUAAUCCAGAAAUCUGUAAAAAAAAAAAACAUUCUAAAACUGGAGAUUCUAAAUUCAAGGAAGAGAGAUUCAGAAGUAAACACAAACAUACUAGGCCAGCCGAUCAUGGAAUUUCAAAAAAAAGAAAUAUUGGUGGAAAUUGUGAGGAUGAAUUAGAUUCAAAAAGUUCAAAAAAAGGUAACAUAUUUAAAAAGUGUUUUAAAGUUUAUGAAAAAGACUGCGACGGUAAUGACGAGCAUUCGGAAGAUGAAUAUAUUCCAAAUAGUAAUAGUGAACAAUUUAAUAAACCUGAUAGUUCGUCUUGUGAUGAUGACAGUUGUGAGGCAAUUAAAAGUUUCCAUGAUAGUAUGAUUCCUCCUCAAAGUAAUCCUAAUAGAUGUUUUAGAGUGGUUGAAAGAAUAUGCUCUGAUUUUAAUGAGCAGGAAAUAAAUUUAACUGAAAACACAAGUAAUAUGGGAAGUAGUAAAAUGGAAGGAUUUUCUAAACUUUUACCAAAACUUUCAAAACUUUCAAGUUCAAGGAAAUGCAUUAAUAUUAAACAAACAGAUUGUUCGGAAAGUAGACACAAUUACAAUAGUGACGAAGAUUCUGAUGCAAAAAAUUUGGAACCUGUAAGCUCCUUUGUAAGUAAGAAGCGCAUGGGAGCACAUAAAAUGACAGAUUGCAAGUGUUCAAAUGGUCAACACAGUUUACCAAGCAGACACAACUUCAGUAGUGAAAGAUCGGAUUCAUUCGAUAGGUCCAAUACUAAUUCUUAUCACAAAAUCAAGCCACAUCGAAAUAAUAGGUUAGAAAAUGAUCUAACACCUCAUGACGGGUGUAACAUAAGACUUAUAAUGGCAGAUGACAUAAGUUUAAAUAGUCAACAGAGUUUACCAAGCAGACAUAACUUCAGAAGUGAAAGAGCGGAUUCGUUUGAUAGGUCCAAUAAUAAUUCUCAUCACAAAAUCAAGCCACAUCAAAGUAAUAGUUUAGAAAAUUAUCUAAAACCUAAAAACGGAAAGCUUCAUGAUAAGUGUAACAGACCACAUGUAAUGACAGAUCACAUAAGUUCGAGUAAUCAACAGAGAUUACCAAGCCGACACAGUUUCAGCAGUGAACGAGCGGAUUUGUCUGAUAGAUCUAAUACUAAUUCUCACCACAAAAUGAAGCCACAUCGAAGAAAUAGUUUUGAAAACUAUCUGAAACCUGAAGAAGAAAAAUUUCAUGAUAAGUAUAACGAUAAUCCUUACAGGCCAUUAAGUAAUAUAAGACUCAAACAUUCCAGUUCUAGAAGCGAAAGUAACUCUCGAUAUAAUGGUAAUGGAGAAGAAUUUAAUAUUAAAAAUUUGAAGUCCAAUAGAAAUGAGUGUUAUAUGUUAUACGAAAAAAGCUGUAGUGACGAUGAAAGUGAGGAAGACUAUGAUGAACAUAUAUUAGGAAAGAAUAAGAGUCACAUGGCAUUUGAAACAGAACCAUCAAUACAUAAUCAAAACCAUAGUAAAAUAUUUGACGAUGAAAACACUUUUGUUAGCAGAACAGUGCAACCAGGAAAUUUUAUUGAGGAAUAUGUGAUCAGAGACCCAAACACUAAUGUUUUACGUUGUUACGAAGUCUAUGAGACAAGUUGUUCCGAUGAAGGAGAGGACGAUUAUAUAUAUAAUGAAAGUUCAUCUGACAGCGAUAGUGAAGUUAUGCAUAAUGAAACGCAAUCUGAAACCUUAUCCGAUAUAGAUGAGAGUCAGAACGAUUUAGAGACUUGCGGUUCAACUGAUUCAGCAUUGGAAUCAUAUACGGUUCAAAGCAAAAUAGACUUGAGAUAUUCUAUUGCGGCGUCUGCACCUGAGUAUAAGGAUACAUCUUGUGACAAUCAUAAAUCAAUUUGCGAGAGUAAAUUCAAUGGUGAGAGUAUUUAUCAAUCGUCGUACAAGAAUAUAUGUUUGUAAUUAUAUUUUCCUUGGAAGUCAGUUCUAUGUAAAUGAAGAUGAACGAAUAGAAUGCACUACUUUAGUUCAGCGAAUUGUUCAGUGAAAAUGCAUUGAGCGAAGCGGUUUUAUUUACUCAAACUUUUAGUAAAAAUUUUAAUUAAUUAAGAGUGUUUGUUUCG